UCAUGGUAUGGUUACCAUUACUACGACAUCCCUCCGGGCGCGGUCGAUCCGACGGAAUACCAAAAAUGGGGCUUCGCCAACGCGGUGGUUUAUAAUCCCAUCCUUGGUCUGAUAAAAGCUUCCUUCGUAAUCACGCUUCUUAAGCUGCGCUCUCCGAACCGCCGCAUCAACAUCGCACUGUGGAGCAUCUUCAGCGCCAAUGCGUUGUUCACUAUCGCUGCGCCCCUAGUAUGCGCCUUCCAAUGUCGACCCGUGUCUAAGUUCUGGGACAAGACGCAGCCGGGAACCUGUAUCGACCCGGCGAAUUACACGUAUGGUACGAUUUCUGUCGUACUCAUCACCGACGUCGCGGUGGUCGCAAUGCCGACCUGGAUACUGCACAAUCUGCGCAUGCCAUUCCGGAAGAAAGCGAUGUAUAUCUCGUUCCUGAGUUUUGGUCUUGCGGUUACGGGCAUCGGCGCUUACAGACUGUACGUCUUUGUGAACUUGUUCACGAACCGGAUUCAUGACCCCGAUGCCAGCUAUGGCGUUAGGCAGGGCCUCUCGAAUGUGGAAGUGAGCCUGGCAUCCAUAGGCGCGUGCGGUGGCACGGUGAAAUGGUUACUGGGGCGCUGCAUUCCGGUUUUCAGGGAUGAGGAGACACCGCGG